AUGGUUCGUCCACCUGCUCCAGGAGAAGCUUCCUAUGAGGAAUAUAUUAAGGAAAGAGAUGCCAUCUUGAAUAGUUUGAAACGUAGAGCUGAAAAGUUGGUCAAGAUGUUGAAUAGUUUGGAAGGUGUCAGUUGUCAACCAGUUGAAGGUGCCAUGUAUGCAUUCCCACAAAUUACUCUUCCAGAAAAGGCCAUCCAAAAGGCUAAGGAAUUGGGUAUGGCACCUGAUUUGAUGUAUGUUUUGGAAUUGCUCGAGCAAACUGGUAUUUGCGUUGUUCCUGGAUCAGGUUUCCAACAAAAGCCAGGUACUCAUCACUUUAGAACUACCAUUCUUCCAAGCGAGGAACAAAUUGAGGGCGUUGUUGAUAGAAUGGCUAAAUUCCAUGCCAAGUUUAUGAAUCAAUACAAGUAG